CUGGCUUGACACAGUUUUGUUUUGCUGUACAACUUCCGGUUUUCAGAUCAGAGGCUCCAGAACCGUGAACAGUUCUAAUCUUAGCUCUCUUUAGCGUUUGUAAAUGAGCGCGUUUGAUGUGUUGUCGCCUCUAAACCGUGUUUUUGACGGCAGCUCUGACAUUUUGUUCCGGACACGAACAUACCAGCAGCUAUUUUGUUUGUUGAUUCGGGGGAGCUGUCGCGUUAGCUGCUAGCUUAAUGGGGUGGAGUUGUGUUUUGCGUUGCCAUUACAGGCUAGAGUAAGGUCAGGUAUCCGUUCUCAGGUGGACAAGACGGCGUCAAACAUGAUGUUGCUACGGAUCUGCAGGAAAUCUCGCCAUAAAGCACUUCGUUGGUUUCGAGCUGCAAUUGUGCUCCUGCUCUGGAUGUGUGCGAUCCGGUCUAUCUGCUGCGCCGCAGCGGCAGGGGAGACAAAGCAUAUCGUCCAGAAAGAGGCCGAGUUUGACAUAACCUAUAAUGACUUGGUUACCAGUGACAACCAGACCAUCUAUGCGUUCAACCACACCAUCUCCCGGAACAAGACGGAGGGGGUUCGUGUGUCUGUGGAUGUGCUGCAGCAGCAGGUGGAGAGUCCAUUUCUGUUCGUAAUCAGGCAGAAACAAGCCGUGAUGUCUUUCCAAGUCCCCCUCAUCCUUAGAGGCCUCUACCAGAGGAAAUACCCCUACAAACACGUGGCCCGAACAUUGUGCCAGCCUCCGACCCGAGCUGCUUCUGAGACCCAGUACUUCUUUGUGGACGUGUCCACCCUGUCCAGUCAGGGGACACACUACCAGCUCCGAGUCAGCCGUGUUGAAAGUUUCACCCUGCAGACAGACGAGAAGUUCAGCUUCACUGCAUCUCCGUCCCAACCCCAGUACUUUAAGUACGUGUUUCCAGAUGGCGUGGAUGCAGUUAUCUUAAAGGUCAACUCUGACAUGGCCUUCCCGUGCUCUGUCAUGUCUGUCCAGGACAUCCAGUGCCCGGUCUAUGACCUGGACAACAACGUGGCCUUUAUAGGGAUGUACCAGACAAUGACAAAGAAAGGUGCCAUCACUGUUCAGAGGAAGGAUUUUCCCAGCAACAGCUUCUAUGUGGUGUUGGUUGUGAAAACGGAGGAUGAGGCAUGUGGUGGCCCGCUGCGCUUAUACCCACUGAGACCCGAUGAACUGAUCGAUGCGGGGAACCGCACGAAGAUCCUGGAUGUGAUGGUCUCGCCUGCCAUAAACUCUGAGAAGUACGUGAUGGGCAUGCUGUUCUGUCUGGGGAUCUUCCUCUCCUUCUACCUGCUGACCCUGCUGGUGGCCUGCGUGGAAAACAAGCAGAUGAAGAGGAGAGAGCUGUUUCAGACGCUAGCUGAUGUGUCACCUGCUGAGACGGCCUCUCUUCUGGGGAAGAACAACGAAGGGAAGACUCCAGCCUACCCGUACGAUUAUGGCUCCUUCGCUGAUAACGGCAGCACGCUGAGCUCAGAGGCCAUCACUGACAGCGCCACGUCCACCGACAACAACUAUGGCUACAUAGAGCGCUCACUGGACAGCGUAGCUCGCAGCAGACAGGAGUCCUUGAGCUCAGUGGAGGAGGACGACUACGACACUUUAGACGAUAUCGACUCUGACAAGAACAUUGUCCGCACCAAGAAGUAUCUGUGUGUGUCUGACCUGGCCCGCAAAGACAAGAGGAUCCUCAGCAAGAAAUACCAGAUCUACUUCUGGAAUAUCGCUACCAUUGCUGUGUUUUAUGCGUUGCCGGUCAUCCAGCUGGUCAUCACCUACCAGACGGCGGUCAACAAGACAGGAAAUCAGGACCUCUGCUACUACAACUUCCUGUGUGCCCACCCCCUGGGAGUUCUGAGCGCAUUUAACAACAUCCUCAGUAACCUGGGUUACGUGAUGCUGGGACUCCUCUUCCUCCUCAUUGUUCUGAAGAGAGAGAUCGUCCACAAGCGAGCACUGGUUCGCCACAACCUCAGCGCUCUGGAGUGUGGCAUCCCAAAGCACUUUGGUUUGUACUACGCCAUGGGGACGGCUCUGAUGAUGGAGGGUUUUCUGAGUGGCUGCUACCACGUCUGCCCCAACUACACUAACUUCCAGUUUGACACGUCCUUCAUGUACAUGAUCGCUGGACUCUGUAUGCUGAAGCUUUAUCAGAAGAGACACCCAGACAUCAACGCCAGUGCCUACACCGCCUACGCCUGCCUGGCUGCUGUCAUCUUCUUCUCUGUGCUUGGAGUGCUGUUUGGGAAGGGGAACACAGCGUUCUGGAUUGUGUUUUCCGUCAUCCACAUCCUGGCCACGCUGCUGCUCAGCACACAGCUGUACUACAUGGGUCGAUGGAGGCUUGAUGCUGGUGUCCUACGCAGGAUUGUGUCCAUUAUCUACACAGACUGCAUCAGGCAAUGCAGUGGACCCAUGUACAUCGACCGUAUGGUUCUGCUGGUGAUGGGGAACAUAGUCAACUGGUCUCUCGCUGCCUACGGCCUCAUAGAGAGACCUAAUGACUUUGCCUCCUACCUGCUGGCCAUCGCCAUCUGCAACCUGCUGCUCUACUUUGCCUUCUACAUUAUCAUGAAGCUGCGGAGCGGUGAGAGAAUCAAGUGUCUGCCGUUGGUGUGUAUCCUCUUCACGGCAAUCGUCUGGGGAUUUGCACUCUACUUCUUCUUUCAGGGUCUGAGUACCUGGCAGAAAACUCCAGCAGAGUCCCGUGAACACAACAGAGACUGCAUCCUGCUGUCCUUCUUUGACGAUCACGACAUUUGGCAUUUCCUGUCCUCCAUCGCCAUGUUUGGGUCUUUCCUGGUCCUUCUGACCAUGGAUGAUGACCUGGACACCGUCCAGAGAGACAAGAUCUAUGUCUUCUAGAUGUCUCAGCUUGUCCUUGUUGCCUUAUCAUUCAUAAUCUGUCUCUGGGCAUCUCCUACACGUUAUCUAAUUCAUAGCCAGAGGCCACUUGGAGCCAGCACCCUCCUAUCAGCUGGACAGACAUGAAUGUGCCAAUCAGGAGCUGGAUCAGCGUCCUGCUGCCAUCACUGAUGCUACUGCUGUUUUCCGUGUUGACGUGCUGCAGCUGUCCCCGAACCUGUUCAUACAUUUUUAUGACACACACACACACACACACACAGUGCUGAGUGUGUGUUGUUUGUAUCGGGAUUAGUGCGUUUCUAAACCGAUGACCUGUCAGUGGCCUUCUGUGUUCUAAUGUGAGUCACUAGCUGAGCUCUGAUUGGUCAGAUUUCCCUGCUCACGGGGAAUGUGGAUGAUGAAUUGUAUCGUGUCUGACUGAGACUGGAGGGUUUAGCACGGUUCUGUAUGAAAAACUAUUUUAUUGUUCAACAUUAAAAUGAGCGGUUACAGAAUUAAGUUUUUAUUUUCCUGCAAAGUAAAUUACGGUGACGAGCUUUGGGUAGCGACCGAAAAAACCGAUCAUGGACACAAGUGGCUGAAAUGAGUUAUCUGCAGGAUGGAUGGCUGUGCCUUAGAGAGGGGGUGCACAGUUUGGGAGGGGCUCGGAGUAGACCCGCUGCUCCUCCACAUCGAGAGGAGCCAGUUGAGGUGGCUUGGGCAUCUGGUCAGGAUGCCUCCAUGGUGAGGUUUUCCAGGCACGUCCAGCUGGGAGGAGACCUAAAGGAAGACCCAGGGAACGCCUUGGGAUUCCCCCAGAGGAGCUGGCCCAGGUGGCUGGGGAGAGGGAAGGCUGGGCCGCUACGCUGACCCCGGAGAAGUGGACAAAAAUAAAUGAAUGGACGUGUGAAUUAAAAUAAGCACACUGACAUGAAUUUAUAUAAACGGUUUAUUUAAAUAUUGUAUAAAACACACAGCACCGUUUACAUAACUGAGCAGCGGAGUGACGACGGCUGGGUUUGUAGGGAACUGCAGACUUCCUGCUUCAGCUCAGGGCCGACAUCGGCAGCUUCCUUGUUACCUGUCCUCAGUAGUGAUAGACUCGGAUCUGGUUGUUGUCGUCCAGACCCAGUUGCACCAGGCUGCUCUGGGAGGGGAGGGGGCGGUAACGGAUGAACAGAGGUCUGGAAGACCGUUAAGCCAACAACGGAGAAAACAAUAAAAUCCACCAGAAUGGU